AUGAGCCACACCUGUGAAUCCCAGUCUCAGGCAUCCAACAUAACAGCAGAUCUCGGGCCACUGGGGGGUCAUGAGCCUUGGGAAGUGGCCCUGAUCGUUCUUGUGACCAGUGCACUCUCCUUUAUCACCAUCUUGGGUAACUUGUUGGUGCUCAUCUCUUUCCGUCUCAACCAGCAGCUCAGAACCAUCAGCAACUACUACCUCUUGAGUUUGGCAGUGGCUGAUUUAAUCUUGGGCACAGUGUCAAUGAACCUUUACACAGCAAAUAUCAUAAGGGGUCGCUGGAUGUUGGGGCAUCUGGCAUGCGAUCUCUGGCUGGCAUUAGACUAUGUAGCUAGCAAUGCUUCGGUUAUGAACCUCCUAGUGAUCAGCUUUGACAGGUACUUUUCUGUAACAAGACCAUUAACAUAUCGGACCAAGCGGACACCCAGAAGAGCUGCGGCAUUGAUCACACUAGCGUGGGUGGUGUCAUUUGUAUUAUGGGCCCCUGCGAUCUUGUUUUGGCCCCAUUCAGAAGGACUAUUUGAGGACAAGGUGAACUGCUCUAUCCCCUUUCUAACAGUGCCUUCUUUAACUUUUGGAACAGCCAUCGCUGCUUUCUACCUCCCAGUCAGCAUCAUGAUCAUUCUAUACUGGCGAAUUUACUGGGAGAUUGAGAACAGAGCGAAAGGACUUGGCAAGUUUGUUGGUAGCAGUCAGAGUAGCUCAGUGAAAGUACCAAACAAGUGGUCCAACAGUCCCCGAAGCAGUCUCAGUAGUUCCAUUGAGACACAUCCCAGAAAGGGUCCAGAGCUUGCCAAGAAAACAUCAGUUAGUUGCUUUCCUGCAAGACAAAAGCAACUUCCUUUGGCUCCAGGAAAUCUAUCCACGCUGCCACCACCAAGUGAAACCAAUUACAGAGAGGCAUGCAGCAGCAGCUGGAACAUUGAAGAUGAGGAAGAUGACGAUGCCGCAACGUCUUCGACAAGCGGGGACGAGCAAAAACAAGACCACAAAGCAACGAUGCUGUCCACAUCAAAUCCUGCAGCAAUCAAGUUGAAGGAUCUACAAGCAACAUCACAGUAUCAGCAGGAAAUUCCAGCCUUAGCUGCCCAAGUUGAAGACCCGUUAUCCAGCCAACCCUCCAGAUACCUUCCCCUGAAAAAGAACAGACUGCUGAACCUCAGCCUCCACAAGCAGCCCAAAACCAAAAGGCGAAUAAACAUGAUCAUUCGAGAAAAGAAAGCAGCUCGGACACUGAGCGCCAUCUUAUUGGCCUUCAUCCUGACAUGGACUCCAUACAACAUCAUGGUCUUGGCUUCCAUUUCGUACUGUGUCCCUGAAAAGCUGUGGCAUCUGGGAUACUGGUUGUGCUACGUCAACAGCACCAUUAACCCCAUGUGCUAUGCUCUCUGUAACGAGUCCUUCCGAAACACUUUCAAAACACUGUUACUUUGUCGCCGUGGAGAUGCCAGAAAGUGGCAAACAAGUCACCAGAGCCGUCUUGCUUCCGAAAGGCCGAAUAAGUCAUGUAGCACAGUGUGA